AUGCAAGGAGCAUACCAACCCUUGGCGAGCGUGCUUCAGCGUAGAGCAGAGCUCUCGAAGCAGUUUUCUGCUCUUAGGCGUGUCCGACCAUGCGUGCCGUUCUGGAGGCUCGCCGCUCAUCGUAUCCCUACCUUAUGGACAUUAUACCGUGGAAUAAUGAAGCACGCUCCCGGAAGUAAUAUUAGGUGGCGCAUGCGCAUGUUCUUUGACCAAUACAAAUGCUGGACAAGCCCCAAGGCCACCCGCGAAAAACUGCUUUUGGCUUACAAGUACCUUGAUUCCUUUCGCUCCGCUACGGAGGGUGAUAAAAGGCUGCAGCAUGUUUUAAGGCGCUAUGACUCGAUGAUUGCCGCAAAACGAGCUAAAGAAGAAAUGAAGAGUAUGAUAUUGGAACAAAUGGCAUGGCAAGAGCGUCUUCGCACCCGGCCCAUAAUGACUGGCGCGUUUUUUCGUCCGUCGGUACUGAAUGGUCCCUUACCGCGACUAAAACCGCAGCCCGCGCGCAUUUCUAUGAUGAUACGACAUAGGAGGCUUCAAUACGGACGCAUCGGGCCCAGAUAUGAGCAGCUUCACGAGAACCGUAACGAUCUUUGGCUCGAGAAACGAUUUGAGGAGGGAUUGCUAGUACAAGAACGCAGAUCUGGAAGUCCGGUUGCAUUUGCCCCGGUAUUCGAGGACAAUCUCGAAUGGAACCGUGCCAUCUUCGACGAACGCACAACGAUUCGCGAGAGUAUUACUCGUGCAGCGCAACGUGCACUUACACCCUAUCCACCGGAGAUGCUCAAAGCAAUCAAGGAAGCACGGCGCGAGAAGAUCAGGAAUAAGACCCGAGAGCGCGAACGGGAGCGUCGAGGAGAAGUACUCAGAUGCACAAUCGAGAGAAGCCGGAAGAGGCCACCAGCACAUGUCCUUGCAACAAUGCCGGUGUGGAAACAACGUGCGGAUAAAGUAGUACGGGGAGUCAGUGAGGUUGGCUAUGUUGGAAUGAUGAAAAGCAGGAUGGGAGUAAAGAUGAAGAACCCGAAUCUCUGGAGAGAGCUUGAAGGCGAAGAUGUGCAUGUUGAACAGGAGGAGAAACGCAAGGUACGCGAGGGUGUUCAGGAGAACGAACAAGUAAAUGAGCAUCUGAAUAAUGCCAAUGAAGAAAGGGGCAAAUAG